AUGCCUACCAAGUAUGACCUCUUCACCAUCAGCUUGACCAGUUGUGAGAUCAGAAAGAACGCUGCGCUGUGCUUCUUCUGGUCUGAGCUUGGAGAUGCCAAGACAGGCACAAACAUGCAGCAACACAGGGAAGAGACUGACCCGAGCAGACCUAGGGAAAUUCCUAACCUGGUGAAGUGGCAAAGCAGGAAUGGCCAAGAGAGGUGGCGACUCCCGCUGCGUUCUGAUUACGCACCCUCUGUCCCAUCUUGUGUGAACAAGCAUCCUCCCCGAGCUCGCCAGCAGGCCCAGGACCCUCACACUUACCAUGUUGACUACUCACUGCUGGCCCCUUUCCAGGCCUGUUGUGUCAUCCGCAGAGAACUGAAUGGCACACAUUAUGGGGUCAGUGGCCUGUCACCAGAUAGAAGGCAACCACUGCGCAACUACGCGGAAGUAAUCUGUUCCUCCUCAUCCUCUCCCAGCAUCCGGCUGCGGCUGCGGCUUGGCUUUGCGCAGGUGACUGGACUCGGUCGUGGCAAGGCUGCACUUCCCCUUAAGUUCCGCGCUCUCACGUCGGCGCACCAUGCAGCCGCCGGGCAGAGCUACCUGUGGAGUGGAAAGCGCGCCUCCACCUCCGCGGCCCGCGCACUAAAGAGGCCCGGAGGGGGCGCGCGAACCCGCGGGAGGGCACCCGGCCGCCUCCCCGCCCCUCCUCGCGGCGGAAGCCCCGCCCCUCCGCGCGCCCGCCCCGCCCCUCCGCGCGCCCGCCCCGCCCCUCCGCGCGCCCGCCCCGCCCCUCCGCGCGCCCGCCCCGCCCCUCCGCGCGCCCGCCCCGCCCACCCGCCCUCCGCGCGCGCUCGCUCGCCCGCCCUCCUCGCCCUCCUCGCGCCCUCGCGCCGGGGGCGGGCUCGCUGCGCGUGCCGGGCGGGGAAGCGGCGCGAGCCGGCGGCGCGGGGAACGUUCACCGCGGGGCCGGCUCCGGGGCCUGAGUGGGCGCCGUCGCCUCCGCCGCUGCCGCUGCUUCGGCCGCCUCGGUCGAGGGGGCCGGGCCGGAGGAGGCUGCGGCCCGCCGGAGAGCCGCCCGCGCGACGCCCCCCUCAGCUCCGGCCGGGAAGCGAGCCAGGUGGGGAGUCCUCCCGGGCUGCAGGAGCGAGCGGGGAGCCUGCGGGGUGGCGGAGCGCGCGGCCGUGGAGCUGCGACCCUGGGGAGACAGCGCGCCGGGCUGGGGAGGCGGGGAGAGGCGUCCCCCGGCCACCCGCGCAGCCCGGCUCGCCCAGGAGGAGGCUCGGCCUUAGGUGCUGA